CGGACCCCUCUCCUCCUUUCCACUGGAGAGGACAAUCGAAACCCAAAGCAACCCACAAUUCUGUUUCUUUCUCUUUCCUCUUUGCCUCCAUCUGCUUCUUUCCCUUUUCCUUCCGUUUUUUUUUUUCUUGUUUGGAAAUUUCUUCUCCUCCCGACGAUGUCGUCGGCUGGUCCAACCGUCCCGCCAAGCGGUAGUCCCAUUCAAGGGGGACCCACCACCGCCGCUAGACGACGGGUGGAUUCUGAUAACAGACCCUCUAAUUAUAAUUCCAAUGACGAAGAAGACAAUCCCAACAGUCAUACUCCUCCCUUCUACGGUUACCACUAUCACCACCCCGUGAUCAAGUACAUGCUUAUUCACAGGAAGUGGGUUCCGGAGGUGUGGGUGCUAAGGAUAGAGGACGCGUAUCUGUGGACGGUGGCGAUGGUUCAGAGUUUGAGAUCCGGGAGACACACGGGUCGGAAGAUAAUGGGGGUGCUGAUGCUUAUGGUGGUCGUUUCGGUGUUUAUGAUGAUGGCGUUUCUCGGUUGCCCCGCGGCGGACGUGAAGGGAAAUGGAGGGGAAGAUAAUGGGCUUUUGAAAUUGCAGACGUUCAAGGAGGACUGGGCCUUGGCUCAACGCGUCGUGACAGAGGCACGGGCGGAAACCGAUGCUGAGCACUCCAUGCCCAAACGUGUCUUGGAAAGGGUAGAUAUCCCAGAAAUUUGGAGGAAGCCCAACAGUGAUAAUUAUUAUCAAUGUGCAGCUCGGCCAAGAAAUCCGAUGAGGGCUAAGAAAACAAAUGGUUACAUUCUUGUUCAUGCCAAUGGUGGUUUGAAUCAAAUGAGAACAGGAAUUUGUGAUAUGGUUGCUGUGGCCAAGAUAAUGAAUGCCACUCUUGUUCUUCCUUACCUAGAUCACAAGUCAUUUUGGACAGACCCAAGUGAGUUUAAAGACAUUUUUGACUGGAGGCACUUCAUUAAUGUUUUGAAGGAGGAUAUUGAGAUUGUUGAGUAUCUACCCUCCAAGUAUGCAGCAUUGAAACCCCUUCUCAAGGCCCCUGUUUCCUGGUCAAAGGCUAGCUAUUACAGAAGCCAAAUGGUCCCAUUGUUGAAGAAGCAUAAGGUGAUAAAGUUUACCCACACUGAUUCAAGACUUGCCAACAAUGGACUUGCAGCUUCCAUCCAAAGGCUUAGGUGCCGUGCAAAUUAUGAAGCACUCAAAUAUGCAAAAGAGAUAGAGGACCUUGGAAGGAUUUUGGUUGAUAGACUUCGGAUCAAUAAUGAGCCAUACAUUGCUUUACACCUAAGAUACGAGAAGGAUAUGCUUGCCUUCACAGGCUGCAACCAUAACCUUACUGCAGACGAGGCUGACGAACUUAAAGUUAUGAGGUACAAAACCCAACAUUGGAAGGAGAAACAAAUAAACAGCGAAGAAAGGCGACUCCAAGGGGGAUGUCCUAUGUCCCCUAGAGAAGCUGCACUGUUCCUCAAGGCCUUGGGUUACCCUUCCACCACACCCAUCUACAUAGUUGCAGGGCAGAUUUAUGGCAGCAAUAGUAUGGCAGCAUUUCGAGCAGAGUACCCAAAUGUCUUCUCUCAUUCUAAUCUAGCAACUGAAGAAGAGUUAGAGCCUUUUAAGCCAUACCAGAAUCGUUUGGCUGCCUUGGAUUAUAUUAUGGCGCUUGAAAGUGAUGUCUUUGUUUAUACAUAUGAUGGGAACAUGGCAAAGGCAGUGCAGGGACACAGAAGGUUUGAGGGAUUCCGAAAGAGCAUUAAUCCUGACAGACAAAACAUUGUCAGACUCAUUGAUAUGCUAGAUGGAGGUCAGAUAUCAUGGGAAGAGUUCUCUACAGAGAUUAAGAGACUGCAUUCAGACAGGCUUGGAGCACCAUAUCUUAGACAAAUAGGAGAGUCACCCAGGGUGGAAGAGAAUUUUUAUGCAAAUCCUCUUCCAGGAUGUAUUUGUAACAGGUCUCGGGAGAAAAUCAGUAGCCUGAAAUAUGACCAGAGACUGCCUUUAAGGUCAGUUCAAAGAUAGGAGUUUUAGUAAGUCAGGAAAUACAUCCUUGGUUUAUACUAUACCCUAUACAAAGAUGGCUGAGACGGGCUCUCGAGUCAAACCAUUUAUUUCCGCCUAUUUUGGAGACUUGUAGCAGCCACACCUUGAGGGUCGAGACAUCUUUGUAAGAUAAAGAAUACAGUCACACGAUUAGUGGGUCAAAUAACCAAUUUAGGGGAGCAGAAAGGAGUACACAUAAUUUUGUGGCAAAUCAGGAAAUGGUUUAUACGGGCAGAGAAGCAUACAUUUCCCCUUGGAAUCACAAAUUUCAUUUAUUCAUUAGUUAUUCUUUCUUUACUUUGGCAUUUCAAAUACAAUUGCCAGAAAUGCUACUGCUUUUUUGAUACAGCCAUAAAUGCUGUUGUUAAUAAUGGAAUAUAGUUUCUCACGUCUUCCCAGCAAAUGUAUCUGGUGACUGAAUUCUGAUCCUUAAAACAAUUUUGUUGAUUUUCAACUUGCAGCCAUAUUUGUUCAGAUUUGUCAAUAACCAAAGUUGCCAAUUAGUUGGAUCAUUAGUAAAGUUUCUUGAUAGCUGUAUAAGGGCAUGGGACGAAAUCCUGCAUUAGUAAGGAGGGAGGGUUCAGGGAGGAACUACUCCUGUGGCCAGGCAUCUCUUUGAAAUUUGAAUGCUAGGCACCUCCAGCUUGGCUCCACUCCCUAGCUUCAAUGACACUAAUCUUGAGAAAGAUCAUAAGCAAUUUUCAACAUAUUAAUAUUAAAUGCAUCAAAUGGCU